AAAGAGCCAUACACACAUGCUUUCAUCACCAUGGAGCCAUAUCCAGAGGAUGAGGAACUUAGACAACGGAAUGCACGGCUCUGUGCUACCUUAGAGCGCAAAAGAGGGAUGACAUUAAUGAGCGCACAGCAACAAACACCUGCCACUGCGGAGGAGGGAGCUGCAGGAGCCAGUGGAGAAGAUCCACCAGCUACUGGGCAACAAACACAAGAAGAGGCCGGUGUGAGUUACCAGGCUGAGGAAGAUGUGGCCCAAACUGAGGAGGAAGCUGCACAAAAUAUCCAAACCCAGCAAUCCGAGCCACACAGUGAGGAGGAAGGUGGAGAUACUUCACAGACUAAUGCAUCGCAGGCAGCCACAACAGAGGGGAGACGCCAACCUCCAUUUACACAGAGGGAGCUGGACAUUCUGGUGCCCCAAGCCAUAGACCUAAUCCAUUUUGGAACUAAAAACAUGGGUGCUGGGAUGAGGGACUGCAUCUGGAGGGAGAUAACCGACUUGGUGAAUGCAGUUGGCCCAAUAGUCCGCACACCACAAGAAGUGAGAAGACGUUGGGAUGACUUUAAGUCCUGCCUGAAGCGGAAAAAGGCUGCACAUUGGAACGCAUCGAGGGCCACAGGGGGAGGUCCACUCCCUGAGAGUGUGGAAUAUACAGACCUGGAGGAGCUUGCGAUGGUGUGUGUGUCCUACCAGGAGGUGGCAGGUGUGUCCGACAUGGACACUGACACACUUGCCAUAGAAUGUCCACAUGACUUGGAAGCAGAGGAGGUGAAAGUAGUGACACCUCUGGUGUGGGUGAGGAAACACCACCAGCCCAGCCCCACACUGGCACCCCUCCCCAAACCAGUCUCCCGGAGAUUCUUACUGAGAUGGCGCAUUAUGCAAACAUGAUCAACACUUUCCAGGUACAUAUGCUCCGGGUGAUCCGUGAGAUGACCUCUACCAUGCGACAAGGCAUGUGCGACAUAACCUCCUCGAUCCAGGACCUCAACACUAUUAUUAGGCAAGGCAUACAGACCAUCGCUGCCAUCCGUGGCCACACUCUCAGGGAGGCCACACCACCAGGACCAUCCCCUACCCCGGAACAACAUCCUACUGGGCAGGGCCCUCAAAGAUCAGUGCGCAGACCUACGACUGAACAACAACCCCUUCAGGCUGGGACUAAAAGGAGAAAAAAAUAAUUUCUCUCCAGAUGUGGUCCUAUUUCCCAGCGCCCAUGUCGUUUAUGUUCCAAAAUGUUUCGCAAUGGUUUGUGGGACCAGAAUGUCAAACUCCCUCCGGAUGAAUGGUGUUUGGCGUCUCCUCUUUUAUUUCAGUGCCUGUGAGGCAUUAACCUGUAAAGUUGACCCAUCUUCCUGUUCACACUGUGGUUUUGAUAGCUGGGUUUGGGUAUUGUGGGCAGAUUUACCUCAAUAUGCACCAUAUCUCCCUCAGGAAGGGUAAUGAGACCAGUCUCUGUUUACUGCUCAGUAGAUGGGGGUCUUCACUACUGGGUACUGGCAUCCCCAUUUCUGCGCAGACAGGUGUUUGUUGCUGUGACAUGUUAUGGACGGUUUAUUUCUGUAAACUUUUCUGUUUGGAUGUUGGUUUAUUUGUCGAAUUUCUUUAAAAAAAUAAAAAAAAUAAACACCCUUACACUCUGGUAAUAA